CCAUGAUGGCGGCUGCGGAAGCGGCGUCGGUGCUGCUCUCCUGCCUACUGGGCCAUUUGGGGGGCCUGCUGGUAGCGGCCGGGCAGGGCUCGGGGGCCGCGGGCCAGGCCCAGGUGGAGGUGCUUUUGCUGCCACCGCCGGCCGAGGAGCUGACUGAGGCCGAGGAGAGUUACACCCUGCAGGGCGCGCUGCUGGGCAGGCCCGGCCUGGAGCGGGAGAAGUCGCAGCAAAACGCCGGCGAGGAGGAGGAGGACGAGCAGGAGGAGAUCCGGGGCAGCCUGGUGCUGGUAGGUGACACUGACCCCAAGUUGGAGGAGGAGGAUGGAUGGAUUGGCGUUGUCCCAGUAGGCGAGGAACAGACUGAGAUUUCCAGAGGCAGCAGAGAAGAAUCUUUCACCACGGCUGUGGUCAACAAGAUGAAGCGGGCCCUCGUCUUGGGUGCCUCAGCCCUGCUUAUUCUUGCACUGAACCAGAACGCGAUCCGAGAGUUGGAUGUAUCCCAGGUUCUCUCAAAGCCUGUGAUCGUCAUCCAGACUUCGGAAAAUGUUACCAAGCUCCUCGGAGCAUUGUUGCGAGGUCUCCGGGCAACAGCAAAAAUCACAUACCAAGCCGUACUGCUGGAGAAUGUGGGGGUGACUUUGACCCUGUGGUCAACCUGUGGCCUCUCCCGGGGUGGCCUGUAUGGAGAAUGGCAGGGAGUCAUCUGUACAGGAGAGAACAGUUCGAGAGUCCAGAAGUACCUCCAGCAGCUAUGGAACGCUAUCCUGCUGAUUGCUCUAAUCCUGUGCACAGGAGUGAUUGUGCAGGCGCAGCGGCAGUCCCGACAUAGCCAGCUGGACCAAGACUCUGAGCUGGACCUGAAGCAGCACAUUGCACAGAGGCUGUCGGCCCUGAAAACCCGCCGUUACCACCCCGGCAAGCUGCCUCGGAGCUGGGCUCAUGAGAUUGACAGCUGUGCCAUCUGUCUGGACAAAUUUCACAAGAACCAGUGUCUUCGAGUGCUACCCUGCUUGCAUGAAUUUCACCGGGACUGCGUGGAUCCGUGGCUCCUCUUGCAGCAGACCUGCCCCCUCUGCAAAUACAAUAUUCUGGGAAAUUGCUGUGGGGAUAGCUAGCAAGACUGUGGCCCUUCCUUGAGGACUGUUCUGCCGGCACUCCAGGAGAAAGUGGUGUGGGAGGGAGACAGACCGUUGACCCCUGGAGCCUUUUGGAUGGCAGCUGCUUAGGGCAGUGAGGAAGCAACACACUUAGCACUUUGGGCUUCCUUGAGAUGGUAAAUGUACGUAUGUAAAAUAGUGCGUUCAUCUGUUCUUGGACCCAAUUGUUUGUCUUCACUUUGGAUUGAAUUCGUUGCCCUUUUGGUGUGUCCAGUGGCAUAGCCAGAUGGUAUGAGUCCUGCUGUACCAAUAGGCUUGGCUAUGACGGGGAUGGCCUGGGGUCUCUUUCCUUGGGGGAAUGAGACUUGGGCUGCUCCUUUUACUUUCACGGUCACUUUACUCAGAAAUUCUGUGGGCAGGAAGGGUUCCCGAGGGGUGGGUGGUUCAGAUGGAUUACCAGUGCUUGCUAAUUUAUACUAACUUAUUACAGAAGGGCCUGACUGUAUCUGCAGGCUGAGCAAUACUGUGGAGGUGCUGUACACUCAGCCCCAAUUGAGUUGCAGAGUUCAAAGCACCACUUGGGCAUGUAAAGCCCCCAUACUAAUAAAAACCAAGCA